AUUCCCAGUGCUAACGUCCUUCACACAGAUCCAUUUCCUCCCUAAUUCAGUUACCUUUCCCAAUUCAAGCCCUAACCCUAAACCUAACCACAGCUAUGGCAUCAGAAGAGCCCACUAUUGUGGUGGAACCCGCACCUGAGCCAGGCAGCACCGAACCACCGCCAGAGGAGAAAGAGGAACCCAUGCCUGAAGCUGCACCAGCCAAGGCGGCGAAGAAAGCCAAGGAUCCCAAACCUAAGAAAGUUUCUGCUCCCAAACCACGGAACCCUCCCACUCAUCCUUCUUACGAAGAGAUGAUUAAGGAUGCGAUUGUGACGCUGAAGGAGAAGACAGGUUCGAGCCAAUAUGCGAUUGCCAAGUUCAUCGAAGAAAAGCAUAAGCAGCUUCCUCCCAACUUCAGGAAGCUAUUGCUCUACCAUUUGAAGAAGCUUGUCGCUUCUGGAAAGCUCGUUAAGGUGAAAGGUUCAUUCAAGCUUCCUCCAGCCAAGUCAUCGCCGGCUACCGCAUCAUCUUCCCCAGCCAAGAAGAAGAAGCCUGCUGCUGCUAAGCCCAAGCCCAAGCCCAAGCCAAAGCCCAAAUCCAAGCCUAAGCCAGCUUCCAAGGCUAAGGUUACUAGAACAACCAAGGCGGCUGCCGCGUCCACUAAGGCACCGGCGAAAGCUAAGCCUGUUGCGAAGCCGAAGCCGAAGCCUGUUCCGGCCAAAGCCAAGGCUGCUGCUUCGAAGUCCAAAGCUGCUGCAGCGAAGCCCAAGCCUAAGGCUGUUCCGGCCAAGACCAGGACUUCUGCUUCGAAGCCCAAAGCUGCUCCGGCGAAGCCCAAGCCCGCCGCCGCUGCGAAGCCUAAGGCAGCUGUGAAACCAAAGCCGAAGGCCAGACCGGCUAAGGCUGCAAGGACCUCAACGAGGACGUCUCCGGGGAAGAAAGCACCACCUUCCAAGCCAGCACCGAAAAAGGCUCCGGCUGCAAAGAAAGCACCGGUGAGGAGCGUGAAGUCUCCGGCGAAGAAGGCUUCAACGAAGAGAGGUGGAAGGAAGUGAAAACUUGAGGCUAGUUUCUGAAACUUGAGGCUAGUUUCUGUGUAGGGUUAGUGUUGUAAAGUUCUUUAUCCUCUAGUGUAGUUGGAUCCACAUAUGUUCUUAUAACAUAUGCAAUCUGAUUUUAUCAAACUUUUUAUUUUUUAACUUGUUUGAAUUUUUUUUUUUUGGAGUCGAUCUAGGAAUUAGAUAUAGUUUCUAGGUUGUAUUUCUCAACUAAAAUGAGUUAAUUAUAAAUGCAGCAUAGAGUUUGAGGUUUUUCUGCA